AAUCACAAUUUUAUAAGAUGAAAGUUAUUAUCCCGAAAUAAUUAUACUACUAAUGUUUUCCUCCCCCCACCCCGACCACCCAACCCACGCCCACCCCCCCCAAAAAAAAAAAAAAAAAGGAGAAGAGAGAGAACACAAUAGUGUUUUGGAAAAAUCCCUCUUUUUACCUCACGCCUCCAUUCUUUCUUAAAAAAUCCUCACACAAACACAACAAUCUUUGCUUCUAACUGUUAAAAUUAACCUUAAAUCUCAUACAAUAAAGGGACAUUCUUUCUUGGUUUUGAAUUUUUUGUCAAAUUCAGAGGAAAUGGUAAAGUUGCUGUCAUGUGACCAGGAGGUCACGAGUUCAAGCCUUGGAAACAACCUCUGGCAGAAACGCAAGUAAUUAUUUAAUAUGGAAACUGAGUUCAUGGAAUUCUGAGAUAAUGUAGUGGUGAGAAGGAUCCAUGCCAUAGGUCUUAUUCAACUGCGGAAGAGCGUGUAGUUUCAGCUGAAGAUACAGACAGAAUGUAUGGUAGAACAGGGCUUGAUCGAUUUAAGAAAGCUCAGUCAUUGGAGCCAUUUCAAGUGUCUGCAAAUUCAGCUGCUAAACCAGCAUUGCAGCCUGCUAAAUCGGUCAACCAUUCUUCCACGCCAUAUGCACAAUCCACAACAUCUAAUCAACAUACUCAAUACGUAAAUCCACAACCUGCUUUGCAGAAAUCCGCCGCGGCAGAUGCAACCACUUCUACAGCGCCAACUCAUCAUGUCACUCACGGAGGGGGACAAUCAACUUGGCAGCCUCCUGAUUGGGCUAUUGAGCCACGCCCAGGUGUUUAUUAUCUUGAGGUAAUCAAGGACGGGGAGGUACUUGAUCGAAUUAAUUUGGAUAAGCGAAGGCAUAUCUUUGGACGACAGUUUCACACUUGUGAUUUUGUCCUUGAUCAUCAGUCAGUAUCACGCCAGCACGCUGCUGUGGUUCCUCACAAAAAUGGAAGCAUUUAUGUGAUUGAUUUAGGAUCUGCACAUGGAACAUUUGUUGCAAAUGAGAGGCUGACAAAGGAUUCCCCUGUCGAGCUCGAGACUGGACAAUCUUUGAAGUUUGCUGCAUCAACAAGGACUUACAUCAUGAGAAAGAACAAUGAAGCUCUCUUUCCUCCUUCACGACAAGUUGCAGAAAUAGAUCUACCGCCAGCUCCAGAUCCUUCAGACGAGGAAGCUGUUUUGGCUUAUAACACUUUUUUAAACCGCUAUGGGCUUACUAGCCGUGAUUCGUUGUCAAAAUCAACGGUUUCAACAAGUGGGAAGGACGGCAAUCAUUCAUCUGAGAGGCCAACUAAAAGAAUAAGGAGGAGAAGUGUCUCGUUUAAAGAUCAGGUUGGUGGAGAGCUAGUUGAAGUUGUUGGUAUUUCGGAUGGAGUAGAUGUAGACACAGAACCUGGUCCUGUAGGUGUGAAAGAAGGAAGUCUUGUCGGAAAAUAUGAGUCACUCGUAGAAAUUACAGUGAUACCGAAAGGGAAAGAACAGUCCUCCGUGAAAGAUGUCAACGUAUCCCAAACAGGCGUAACCGACAAACUUAAACAGGUAUUGAACAAGUUGAAGAAUCCACCAAAGGGUGGAAUUUACGACGAUCUUUAUGGGGAAUCAAUUCCCGGUAAAGUAGGAUCGUGGGCAUAUUCUGGUACCGAUCAGGCUGCUUCCACUAACGAUACUGAAGGACCCUCCCCUGGAAGUAUCUCAAGCAAUGUAGAAGACGAUACUGAUGAUUUGUUCGGAUAGAAAAUGCAUCGCUCGCUUUUGAAUUCGGCCUCAACCCACUGUCUACCGGCGAUGAGUUCAGUCGUUAGAGGUGCCACCACGAGGCGUCUCGAGUAGAUUAAGUUAUGUUAGUCUUUGUAUUCUGUGACAUUGUUCACCAUCGAGGAUUCAAUUUUUGAACUCAAAUCUUUAAAUUGUCAAGACACUGAAUCUGUGACUUUAGAUCAAUGGGUAAAAAAAAGUUUUAUGUUGUC